UUCAUCAUUAAGUCAUCCCGUAUCGAGGGAUAUUAGUCUGUAAACAAUGUGCGGAAGAAGUGCAAGAUGAGUGGUACCAAAAAAAAAGCUAAUCAUUUAGCAGUGUUUAAACAACGAACAAAAAAUGACGAUAAUGCCGAAUUGUCUGAAGUUAUUAUUAUAUCCGCGAGAAAAAGUGGAAUUUUAGACCUCUCAUCCAGAGGACUGUUCACGGUACCUAAUAGAGUAUGGAAUAUAAAUGAUUUAACUGAGGAAGAAGUAAGAAAUUUACAUUUUGAACUUGAUUAUGCACAUGAAAGUGAUCGAUGGUGGGAACAAGAACCUCUUAAGACAUUGGAUUUAAGCUGUAAUACUUUAAAGAAUAUUGAUUCAAGAAUAGAAUGUUUAACACAGUUAACUACAUUAUAUUUACAAGAUAAUUUAUUGCAAGAAUUGCCUGUUGAAAUGGGGAAUUUAAAAAAUUUAAAAAUACUAAAUUUAUCAAGUAAUAGAUUAGAAAAAUUACCACAUGAAUUUUAUAAGCUGAAUGAGUUACAUGAAUUAAGUUUAAAAAAUAAUGCUAUAAACGAGCUUGAGCCAGCAGUUGGUGAUUUUAUAAUGUUGACUUAUUUGGAUUUAUCAUACAACAACUUGAAUGAAUUACCAAUUGGGAUGGGAUAUUUAGUACGACUAAUUUCUUUGGAUUUAAGUCAUAAUAUGUUAAAAGAAUUGCCACCUGAUUUAACAAAUAUGAGAGCCUUGCAAAAGUUAAAUGCAAGUUAUAAUCAGUUGGAAAUGUUGCCACCUCUGGGUGAAUUAAGGAAGGUAGAAACAGUGAUGUUGCAAACAAACAAAUUAACAACAUUCCCUGAUAUGUCUGGUUGUGUACUAUUAAGAGUACUACACUUGGCUGAUAAUAACAUUACUGAAAUUGAUAUGUCUUGCUUAGAAGGUGUAGGACAAUUAAAAACAUUGACAUUAGGAAAUAAUCAAAUUGAAACAAUACCAGAGGAAAUAAUAAAACUAGUAUGCCUAGAAAUAUUUGAUUUAUCAUACAACAAAAUAACCUUAGUACCAAGUUAUGUUGGUCUAAUGCCUAAUUUAAAGCAAUUUGUGAUCAAUGGAAAUGAUGUACAAAAUCUUCGAACUGACAUAAUAAGGUGUGGUACCUCUCGAAUUCUGAAACAUGUACGGCAGGGUAUUAAAAGUACAAACUUUAAUUCAAAAGAACAUGUAACCUCAGAUGGUAGUACAAAUAUUUAUCCAGACAGAUAUACAAUGCAUAGUACAAAAUUACUCAGUUUGGCUGGACAAAAUCUUACUGAACUACCACAAGAAGUUUUAGAAAAUGCAUAUAAAGCUGAUGUAGGUACAGUGGAUUUAAGUAGAAAUAAAUUAACUACCUUACCUGAUGAAUUAUGUAUAAUUGAAAAAGUUGCUGAUUUAAAACUGAUAUCUAAUCAACUAACACAUAUACCAGAAUGGAUUGGUGAAAAAUAUAAGUACUUGCAGAUUUUGGAUUUAAGCAAAAAUCUUUUACAGUCACUUCCUUCCAGUCUUGGCUUACUUAAAUAUUUACAAGAACUUAACAUUUCCUUUAACAGGUAUAAAGAAAUACCAGAAUCUGUUUAUCACAUAAAUUCUUUAGAAAUAUUAAUAGCAAAUGAUAAUUUAAUUACCUACAUUGAUGUAUCAUCUCUAAAAAAAUUGCAAAAACUUGCAAUAUUAAAUCUUACUAACAACAAUAUUGGUCAUGUACCACCAGAACUAGGAAAUUUGAAAAAUCUAAGAAAUUUAUCUUUAUCUGGAAAUUGUUUUAAACAACCCAGACAAGCAAUUUUAGCAAAGUCGACAGAAGAAAUCCUUGCAUAUCUCAGAAAUAGAAUACCUCAGUGAAAUUAUUAAAGCGUUAAGAAAAUUUUAACUAAAAAAAUAUGCAGAUGGUAAGGAAACAA